UGUACUGUGUUUUCUUGCACCUUUGCCUGUAGUUGUGUAACUGAGAAAAAAAUAAACGUCUUCUGUCAGCCUAGCCUUGAGAUAAAGCUCUGGCAGAAUGUUUUCACAAGGUCAGCGGGGGAGCUGGUAUCGGUAGGCAUCAGGGCAUAUAACACCCCUAGAACCAGUUCCACAUGUCACUUGUCACCAGACAGCCGAGCUGCGUGCUGAAAGCCACCUCUUCUCCGAACAGCCAUGUCUCUUGCUAACGAAGUGUGCCUCAUUACCGGAGCCUGUGGGUUCCUGGGGGAGAGAAUUGCAAAGCUCCUUUUGGAGGAGGAAGAACUCGCCGAGCUUCGUCUCUUUGACAGGAACAUCAGACCCGAGUUCAUUCAGGCUUUGGAAGCCUCUCGGGACCGAACCAAAGUGACGGUGCUCCGGGGGGACAUCAGGGACCCCGAGGCGCUGAAGGGAGCCUGCCGGGGCGCCACUCUGGUGGUCCACACGGCCUCGGUCAUCGACGUCACGGGACUCGUGUCGGAGAGCGAGCUGCACGCGGUGAAUGUGAAAGGCACCCAGCUGCUGUUAGAAGCCUGCAUCCAGGAGAAUGUGAGCUCCUUCGUCUACACCAGCAGCAUCGAGGUGAUGGGCCCCAAUCCCCGCGGAGACCCCAUCCGCAACGGCAGCGAGGACACGCGUUACCCACGCUGCCUCAGGUUCCCCUACAGCCGGACCAAGUUCCAGGCGGAGCAGCUGACCCUGCAGGCCAGCGGCGGCCGGAUCGCCACCUGCGCGCUGCGGCCCAUGUACAUCUACGGCGAGGGCUGCCGAUUCCUCGCGGGCCACCUGGAAGAGGGCGCGCGGAACGGGGACGUGCUGACGCGCACCUCGAGGAAGGAGGCCGCCGUGAACCCCGUGUACGUGGGGAACGUGGCCUGGGCCCACGUCCUGGCGGCCAGGGCCCUGCGGGACCCCCGCAGGAGAGGGGCGGUCCAGGGCAACUUCUACUUCAUCUCCGACGACACCCCGCACCUCAGCUACUCGGAUUUCAACCUUGCGGUCAUGAAGCCGCUGGGGUUCAGGCUGCGGGAGAGGCUGCCCCUGCCUCUCCCCCUGCUCUUCUUCCUCUCCUUCCUGCUGGAGGUGGCCCAGGCGCUGCUGAGCCCCUUCGUGAAGUUCACCCCCCCCUUGAACCGGCAGCUGCUCACCAUGCUGAACACCCCGUUCACCUUCACCUACGGCAAGGCCCAGCGGGACCUGGGCUACAGCCCCCGCUACUGCUGGGAGGAGGCCAGGGCCCGCACCACGGACUGGCUGGCGGGCCUGCUGCCCAAGUGCCGCCGGCGGGUGGAGGAGCGCCGCCAGCCCUAGUCGCCGCACCGCGCCGGUGAGGAAGAGGGUGUGAAAGUAGGGUAAAAGGGCGGGGCCCGAUCACCGCUCCUCGCUGUCUCCAUUAACCGUUAGCAAAAGAAAUCGUCCCUUCAAAUGUCAAUUACGUGGCCAGAUAAGGGGGUCUUUGUCGUCUUCUUCCUCCUCUUCUCCUUCAUCGCCAGCUCCGCCAUGGUGGAGUGGAGGUCGGGGUCGUUGCCUCACGACUCCUGGGGUCCUGGGUUCAACUCCAGCCCGGGACCCUCUCAGCGUGGGGCGUCUGUGCUCUCCUCCACAGCCCUGUGCUCUGGUUUCUUUCCAUGUCUUUAAAAUAUCCCCUGUGUGUGUCUGUGUGUCUGUGUGCUGAUUAUAUACGCACACUGGAUGAAGUGUAAAACAAAGGAUCAGGAGGAUGUCCCACUCUGAUCUCACCCAGUCCCUCCUGCCUGUGUAGAAAUACCAUUAGUUUGGCGAGUCGGGCCUCCUGCUCGAGUGUUUCUUUCCGCACGAUUGCCGCCUUCCCAUCUCCACCCUCACAGCAGCUCCCCGGCUUCUUCCUUCUUCCUCAGAGAGGGGCGUCACCCGCCGGCAUCCCCAGUACAACUCUCGGCUCACGUGGCUCUGCUUCUCCGGCCUCUCGGGGGCUUGGCCGGACUGCUGGGACAGAGGUUGGCGCAGGCUGCUUGUUUUAUUGUGCUCCCCGUUAACGAUCGCUUAAUCACACUCAGUCCUAAAAGUACUCCAAAACAGAACCCUAUCAUGACUAUUAGCGUGGCUGGUGCUGCUGCUGCGGAGGUUAAUGUCACGCCUAAAAGUCAUCAAGAAGAAAAUCGGCAUGACAGACAUGACGAGCAACAGCCAGCCAGAACACCGGGCUUCUCUCCUUCUUUAUCUUACCUCUGCUUGUUCCUCUGCAGUUCUGUCACUGACACAGGGCCCUGCUCUCUCCUCUCACCGUUGCCCUUCUUGUUGUUAUUAUUAGUUGUACUAGAGGCCGCGUAAUAACGUGUCUUUAUCAAUCAGAGGGGGGUGAGAUUUUCUGAGGUUGCGUGGUGAGGCCACAGAUUCCCCCAGAUCCGCGCACACCGCCACCUCGACGCCCCCUGAGUGCGGGAGAGCGGCCAACACAAGCGAGAAGCAGGGAGAGGAGAGCCUUCAGCACCAGGACAACUGGUCGGGCCUCCUCGCUGAUGAACAGAAACCUCUUGCGUACAGAACUCGGCUCUGAAGGAAACAAAGCCCUACCUGUCCUGUUUGUGGAAGUAUUUCAUUUCCAUUUCAAACCCACCAGGCAAAAUCGGUCAUUCUCAUUUGGGAUCAUUUGGGGGUCAUCCCCGAACAGGAACUGAUUUUUGUCACUUUUUAGUAACAGCUUGGAGGAUUUGUCUCUAGGGAUUGUAUGAUUAUAUAUAAGUCUGCAACAGCUUGUGUGUUGUCUUUUUACCUUUGCUUAAUAAAUAAAUAGUUUUUCAAACAUCA